GUGUUUAGUUUUUUUUUGUGAUUUGAUUUAAAUUUCAUUCUGGAUUAUCGGAAAGUGAAUUAAAAGUGUGUUUAUUAUUGAAUUGGCGAAAUAUUUUGGUGUUUAAACAUAUUUUUUAAGGUGUAACAACAAGAACAGCGAAAACGGCACAACAUCGUCUUCUCGUUGGUGUUAUUUAAGGGAUAUACGUUUAUCUCUUUUUAACACUAUCGUGUUGUAUGCGGUGGAGUUUAUUGUAUGUACUACGUUGAACACAACGGAUAAUACAUAUUUUGUAACAACGGGGCCUAUUCACUAAAAUAUACCACACAACGAGCGUACGACGACGUGAAGAAGUGAAAUGGCGCGUGCUGGAACUGCCCGACAUCGGGGUCGUAACGCACAGGGUCAUUCAGAAGGUGGCGAUGAUGUACAACGCUCACUAGAAUUACUUGACAGAGUAUUAUCCGAAUUCGAUGAUAUAGAGAAUGCAAAUCAAAUGUUACAACAACAAGCAUUAUUAAGUGGGGGUACAACAACAGUUGUAACAUCUUCAACAGAAGGUAGUGGGAGUAAUGGAGAUGUAGAUGAAACACAACAGACAAAUACUGGAGGUACUAAGGGUGUUGUCAUAACAAAACGUGACAUUGACCCAGGGAAUACUACAGGUGUUGGGAAUGUCUCAUCUACGCCAGAAGAUGAUAGUCCAUCGUUAGGUGGACAUCAAUCCGAAGACGAUGGGUACAUGAGUAUGAAUGGACGUAAAGCGAAAUUUGCAUUAACGUUUAAUCCUGUUAGUGAAGUAAUCAUGCAAGCGGCAGCGGCACAACAUCAAGAAGUAAUACCAUCCUCCGAUGGGACCAACAACACAAACAUUGAUAGUAGUAAUAUUAUAAUACCAUCGAAUAUACAACAACAGACAACAACGACAGUUGAAAUGGAUUUUCCACCACCUCCUGAAGAGGCGGAACGACUCAUUGCGACACUUUUGCCACGGGUUUCACCGGGAAAUUCAGCAAAACGAAGUGUAGGCCGAAGAAAAAAUAAUAAUAAAACACGCACAGAAAUUUUAACAAGUCCAUUAAGCCAAUUCCACAAAUAUAAUAAUGUGGAAUGUAUGGUUAAUGGUGAUGAUCCUGCCAUAACAGCAGCUACCCAAACAACACUGCCACAAACACGCCAUCAACGUCCAUACGGUUGGGAUAGAUCCAACUCUGAAGGUUUUCACUUACAUCAAAUCAAUCCAAAAAAAAUGGGACAACGUUAUGCAAGUCUACCAUAUGAUUCACGUAACAAUCCAGUUGCCCACAUAGUAAGUCCAUUAAACAUUCCACGAUGGGUACCACCACGUACAGUGCCUGGAGCAUCUGAACGUCAUCGUGAAGUAUGUCGCCGACAUAAUAUACAAUCAAGCAACGAGAAUCUAUCAGCACCAGAUAAUCUCGAUAACAAUUUACGUCCAUUAAAUAAUGAUAACGAUGCCGAACAUUUCUCUGAUGAUUCAUUAGAAGAACAAUUACCCCCUCCACCACCACAACCGUGUUCAAAGCGAAGCAGUAUCGCCUGGGAAGUUUCAAUCGGUGAUGACGAGUGUGUUGACGAUCCAUUACUUACCCCAGGAAGUACAAAAGUUGUCCGUCGUCGCCGAAGAAAGUCAAAUGGUGACCAAUUAUCACAUUCUAGUACAAGCUCAAUACCAAAUCGGUGUUUACGAGAUUUGGAUUUAGAUUGGCCUGAUCCUCCACCAUGCAGUACUGAAGAUGAGAUUAUUUCACCGUUUUCUGAUUCAGAUGAUCCAGUAAUUUUACCCGACGAUGUCCAUUCAUCAGAUUUUAGCAAUAACAGUGGAACUUAUGUCAUACGUCGCGGGCGUAACAAAGAACGGAAACCGCUAUUACAAAAUCUCAAUAAUAGUUGUCAAAUGUCAACAAAUUCAAAUUUAUCAUUAAACUCAAGACUGAGUUCAGAUUUAAGUAUACCACACUCUCGUUAUAGUACAGAUUGGAAUAAUAGUUCAAUAUUAUUUAGCCGGGAACUAAUUACACCGAAUUCCCGAGUAAGUAUUGAUUUAAGUACACCAACAUCAAGACAGAGUCAUGAAUUAAAUUCACCAAAAUCUCGAUAUAGUUUGGAUUUAAAUAUGUCGUCACGAGAUUCAUCAAGUUUUCAGCAACAUUUGUCACAGUCACACAGUUCAUCGCGGCGAUCAAGUGAUCCUAAUUAUAUAACUCGAUCAUGUACACCAAAUCAAUCCCGAACACAAAAACAUAGCACAACCUUUGAUAAUAUUAAAUCGCUAAUGAAAGAAGGUGGCAUCGAAAGGACCUCAUAUACCCCGAGUGGUCCUGAAGAUGAUGACGAGGAUAUUUCUGGACCAAUUUAUAAUCAUCAUCAAAUUAUACCACCAAAUUUAGUUCGAGUUGUUUCGUUACCCACGCUAACUGUCGAUGAAUUUACUCCACGUCGAGAAUUAACUGUAACUGUUGAAGAAGAAGAGGACAUAGAAAGUCCACGACAACAGAAUAGUAUGUCACCACUACGGAAAGUCGAAGAGAAUAUCAGCGCACUUUUAGAACGACAGGAUUUAGAUGUUUCUAAAUUACGAUUAGAAGAUCGUAAUUAUAAGGAUACGUUACAGCUGAAUUUAAAAUCACAUAAAGCUCACAUGGAAAUCCCGAAUUUAGAUCGAAAAAAUCGUAAAAACCGAAAUGAAGAUGAUGGAGGAACGCCAAAAUCAAAACGAAAUGGGAUACAAAAAUCAGAAAGUGCAAAAGAAAUGUUAUUAUCACAUAAUCCUAGCUUGGAAGAUGAUGAACCAGGGUUAACGAAUUCAAAUUCAGUUGAUUUUCCAGUACGCGUUGAAAUUUUGCAACACGAAUUCCCCCCAUUACCUCCAUCCCCUGUUGAAGAAGAUGAUGAUGAAUAUCAAGAGAUUGCAAAUCCUAAACGUGCUGAUACAUUACCUAUACAUACAGGUGACUCACCACCCGCAGUUCCUCCACACCGUGGAGGCAGUACCGAUACGACGAAUAGCUUAAAAACACGUUCAAUGGAUGCAGAAUUCAGCCGUGGCUAUCGAAAUAAUUAUUCCAGUAGGCAAACUACAACCCCAACUGAACGUCGAACGCUACCGACAGAUUUAUUACCAGGUACAACUCGACGUCGAACAUUUCUUAAACGCGCGUCACAAAGUCCAAGCGAGUCCAGUUCGUCAACCCAACAUCAUAUGCAAACGUCAUGUUCGUUACCAGAAACCCCAAUUUUUGCACGAGGAUGUGAUAUUCCUCGAACACCCCAUCGUCGGGCACCUGAAGUACCAACUACGUUAGGCUCGUCAAGCCGUACAGCUCCACGACAAAGUAGUACAAUGGGUACACUAAAUACGAUUGGCUCAAGUGCGGCAUAUCGACGCACUGGUGCUUCAAGUACGGGUUUAGAACAAGCAAUGGUUGGUGCUGAGCUAUUACGUUUAGCUGGUGGUCCUGGACGGGGAUGGUACCCACGACAUAGGCAACAUACACGACCUGCCUCAAUUGAACACUUGGAUCGAUUGGCACCAGGUCAUUUAGGUUCAAAUCCAUGGGACUGUAAUUCAAAGAAACCUUUGACGUUACCACCAAAUUUAACACCAAAGUUUUAUCAAAGAUCACCACGUGAAGCGUUACGAAGAGUUACCAGUUUGUUAAUACGAAAAGGCAAUAAUGGGAAAGAAAAUUCAAAAAAAGAUAAAGAUACGUUAUCACCUUCGGGAAAUUCAGUAAAUGGCUGCUGGUUUAAUCGGAAGAAUCGUUGAUUUCUCAACGGUUUUUCAACUCGUAUUGUUUUAACAAAGGUGAGGAAGGUCAAAAGAAGAAAGGAUUUUUCAAAAGUUUUUGGAAACGAUCUAGACAUUAUUCGUUAGAACAGUAAAU